UUCUCAGCAGGUGCGCAGGAAUGAGUGGAGGCCCUGCAGGCGGGCCGCGGCGCAGAAGCCAUGGAGGCAAAAGGCCUGGACCCGUCCCAGACAGACCUCAAGUUAGUGGCCCACCCGCGCGCCAAGAGCAAAGUGUGGAAGUACUUUGGCUUCGACACCAACGCCGAGGGAUGCAUCCUGCAGUGGAAGAAGAUCUACUGUCGCAUCUGCAUGGCCCAGAUCGCCUACUCCGGCAACACCUCCAACCUCUCCUACCACCUGGAGAAGAAUCACCCCGACGAGUUCUGUGAGUUCGUCAAGAGCAACACGGAGCAGAUGCGCGAGGCCUUCGCCACCGCCUUCUCCAAGCUGAAGCCUGAGGCGUCGCAGCUGACCCCACCGGACACGCUGGCCGCCAAGGCCGGCCACGGCCACGAGAGCAAGCGGCAGCAGGAGCUCACGGCCGCUGUCAUCGGCCUCAUCUGCGAGGGCCUGUACCCCGCGUCCAUUGUGGACGAGCCCACGUUCAAGGUGCUGCUGAAGACGGCCGACCCCCGGUACGAGCUGCCCAGCAGGAAAUUCCUCUGCAGCAAGGCCAUCCCUGAAAAGUAUGGCGCUGUCCGUGAGGCCGUCCUCAAGGAGCUCAGCGACGCGUCCUGGUGCGGCAUCUCCACGGACAUGUGGAGGAGCGAGAACCAGAACCGUGCCUACGUCACGCUGGCCGCCCAUUUCCUGGGCGGCGGGGCCCCUGGCUGCCUGUCUGUGGGCUCCCGCUGCCUGAAGACUUUCGAGGUCCCCGAGGACAACACGGCCGAGUCCAUCACCAGGGUCCUGUACGAGGCUUUCAUCGAAUGGGGCAUCAGCGCCAAGGUGUUUGGGGCCACCACGGACUGCGGCAAGGACAUCGUGAAGGCGUGCUCCCUGCUGGACAUCUCGGUGCAGAUGCCCUGCCUGGGGCACACGUUCAAUGCGGGCAUCCAGCAGGCCCUGCAGCUGCCCAAGCUGGCCGGGCUGUUGGCCCGCUGCCGCAAGCUGGUGGAGUACUUCCAGCAGUCGACGGUGGCCAUGUACAUGCUGUACGAGAAGCAGAAGCAGCAGAACAUGGCGCACUGCAUGCUGGUGAGCAACCGUGUGUCCUGGUGGGGCAGCACGCUGGCCAUGCUCCAGCGCCUCAAGGAGCAGCAGUUUGUCAUCGCGGGCGUGCUGGUAGAAGACAGCAACAACCACCACCUGAUGCUGGAGGCUGCCGAGUGGGCCACCAUCGAGGGGCUCGUGGAGCUGCUGCAGCCCUUCAAGCAGGUGGCCGAGAUGCUCUCCGCCUCCAAGUACCCCACCAUCAGCAUGGUGAAGCCCCUGCUGCACAUGCUGCUCAACACCACGCUCAACAUCAAGGAGACCGACUGCAAGGAGCUCAGCAUGGCCAAGGAGGUCAUCGCCAAGGAGCUGUCCAAGACCUACCAGGAGGCGCCCGAGAUCGACAUGUUCCUGAACGUGGCCACCUUCCUGGACCCGCGCUACAAGCGCCUGCCCUUCCUGUCUGCCUUCGAGAGGCAGCAGGUGGAGAACAGGGUGGUGGAGGAGGCCAAGGGCCUGCUGGACAAGGUCAAGGACGGUGGCGGUGGCUACCGGACGGCGGAGGACAAGAUGUACGCGCUGCCCGAGGAGCCCCCAGUGAAAAAGCUGGUGCUGGCGUCCACGCCGCCGCCUACCAGCGUCAUCAACAGCAUGCUGGCUGAAAUCUUCUGCCAGACGGGGGGCGUGGAGGACCAGGAGGAGUGGCACGCGCAGGUGGUGGAGGAGCUUAGCAACUUCAAGUCGCAGAAGGUGCUGGGCCUCAACGAGGACCCCCUCAAGUGGUGGUCCGACCGCCUGGCGCUCUUCCCCGUGCUGCCCAAGGUGCUGCAGAAAUAUUGGUGCGUGGCGGCCACGCGCGUCUUCCCGGAGCGGCUCUUUGGCUCCUCCGCCAACGUGGUCAGCGCCAAGAGGAACCGGCUGGCUCCGGCGCACGUGGACGAGCAGAUCUUCCUGUACGAGAACGCGCGCAGCGGUGCCGAGGCCGAGCCCGAGGACGAGGACGAGGGCGAAUGGGGCCUGGACCACGAGCAGGUGUUCCCCCUAGGGGACGCUGUGCACGCCGGCUUCUUUGGGAUCAGGGACAGCGGCUUCGUGUAGGUGUCGGCGGGGUGGGGGUGGGGUCCCCGUGGCGCUGGCCCCCACGAGAUGUUCCCCUCUAAAUACCCACUGCGCGAGUGCGUGUGCGUGGGUGGCCGGGCUGAAGAGAGCAAAGGCACAGGAGGGAAACAUGGGGCUGCUGUGCGCGUCUUUCCUCUGGGAGCCCACUCGCGUCCUAGCGAAGUGGCAGAAAUCGACGGAGAAAGUUCUAGAAGUCCCCACGCACACCUGCUGGCUGCUGGUUGCAGAUAACGAACUCCUGGAGCAGCGCGCAGCCAGCAGGGAUGGACGGUCGGAGGGAGGGAGCCCCGUUCGUUUCCUACAUAAAUUAAUUCCACCCCCAAGGCCGUCCUGUUCUCCGCGGGAUUGUUUGCCAUAAACCACAGAAAAACAUCCAAAGUCCCGCGUCCUUCCCGGCCCACACGCCUUCCAUAGGCCUUCCCGGACCUGUUGUGCACGGGAGCCCAUGUUUACUUCCCAGCGGGAGCACGCACCUUGCCUUUGGCACGGCCGGGGACACCCCUCUCCAGCCCACGCGCCACGUGUGGGAGACGCACAAGCUUUAGGUUUGGUGCAAAGCAUGAAAACAGCAAUAGGGAGCGGGCCGUGGGGACAACGCAGGAAAAGAGGCAUUGGACGCGCUGUGUCUUCUGCCUUUUGUCCCCUCGCUGCAAUUCGCUCUGUGCCCGUGGUCCUGGUGACCCUGAGGCGCUUGGGUCCUAUGCGUGCGUGUGGGUGUGUGCGCGUGUCCCAUGCUUAAAGGGAGCUCUUUCCCCAGGAUGACCACCAGGCCCCCCACCCUCGGGAACCCUGCUUUCCAAAAUUACCAGGGCCCAAAUGUGCCAAGGGUGAUUUCAAUUUCUCCAGGGGGCCACGGACGCUUGGGUUUUGUCUUUUCAACGCCACCCCGCGGGGGCCCGCUGAUUUUUUAAAAAACGGACCAUGGGACAUUUUGGCCUUGAUUUCGGGGUCGCUCCGGCUGUUCUCAGAAACCCGAGACACUGGUGACAUUCUGCGUGGCUCAGCACUUCCGAGAGCAUCAUGGACAUUUAAGGAGGCGGAUGUGUCCAUUUUCUCAGGAGGGUGACCCCCCCCCUGGUGUUGAAGAGGGGCGAGACUUGUAUCUUGAUGCAUCCGACUGGGUUUGAGCCUUCCUCAUGGGAUGUGUUGUUGUUUUUUUUUUGUUAUUUAACGCUUUCAAAUUUGACUCUUGUUCAAUAAACCCAAGAAGCAGAUGAGCUCCUAA